AUGUCUUUGCGCAAGCGCCGCUCCACUCCCGACGGUGGAAACUCCGACAAUGUGUCGGCCGUUUCUCCUCCACUGGCUCCUAAGGCCGGUGGGCUUACCAAGUUCAUGACGCGCACCAUCGUGGGCUUCGCAAUGAUUGGCGGCUUUAUUACCAUCAUCUACGGAGGCCACAUGUACGUCUGGGGCCUCGUGGUCGUACUACAGACGUUGAUCUUCCGCGAACUCGUGAACGUGCGCUACCGUGCUGCGGCUGAGAAGAACAUCCCGUGGUUUCGCUCUGUUCAGUGGAUGUGGUUCGUUGUGGCGCUUUUCUACAACUAUGGAGACUCGCUCGGCGCCUUCAUCGAGAGCAGCAAGAUUCGCUUCGUACCGCCCGCCAUCGUGCACUACCUACGGUAUCACACGUGGGUCUCGUUUACCAUGUACGCCAUGCUAUUCGUCAUGUCGGUUUUAAGUCUCAAGAAGGGAUACUACAAGUACCAGAUGGGUCAAUACACGUGGACUAUUGUGACGCUGGGAUUGAUCGUCUUCCAGAUGAAAUACGUGCUCUCCAACAUCUUCAAUGGCCUCUUCUGGUUCCUGUUCCCCGUAUCACUUGUGGUCUGCAAUGAUUGCUUUGCGUUCUUCUGCGGAAAGUUAUGUGGUCGCAAGUUCAUUAAGACGCCAUUCCUGCGCUUGUCGCCCAACAAGACAUGGGAGGGCUUCAUUGGUGCUUUUAUCUGCACCGUGAUCUACGCAUUCUUCUCCAGCGCUUUCAUCUCGCAGUUCUCAUGGCUGACAUGCCCCGUGGAAAGCUUCGAGUUUAAGCUGAUUCCCGACCCGCUCACAUGCAUUCCGCAUGACGUGUUCCUCCCACACUUCUACGAUGUGCCGGUCUCCAUUGCGCGUGUCAUUGGCCAAAGCCAGAUUCAGCUCCUUCCGAUUCAGCUCCACUCCGUCUGGUUCGCGAUCUUCGCUUCGGUUGUGUCGCCCUUUGGAGGGUUCUAUGCGUCUGCUAUCAAGCGCACGUACAAGCUCAAGGACUUCGACUCUGUCAUCCCAGGCCACGGUGGGGUCAUGGAUCGAAUGGACUGCCAGCUUAUCACGAACUGCUUCACAACGGUCUACUUCAACACAUUUAUCCGUUCGCCGACGCCGUCUGUGGCCAUGAUUCUCAACCUUGUGGCGCAGCUGACAGUCAACCAGAAGCAAGAUGUGCUGCGAGCCAUCGAAGAGAUGCUUCAAGGUUGAAAGCACCGCUACACAGCAAUCUCCAUCAGUUGCUUUAGAAGAACAGGAAGAAAACAUUUAGCCUUU